ACAAUCUUUUAUUUUCACUUUUAAACUCAACUGCCGAAAUUCCUUUCUUCUGAGACAGCUAACGGAAUCUGAGCACCGCGCUCCACUCUUAUUCACAAUCUUCAUACAUUCUAGUCCUGUAGUAAGAUUGAAGUCCUGAAAGAUUCGCUAUAAAAUGAUUUAUUUUUGUUUAUUACCCUCUACUCAAUUACCCUCUUUUUUGGCACAAGUCUGGACUGUUAAAUGGAGCAUGGCAGACAUGGAAUGAAGGUUUUGCUGUUUCUCACACUUCAUGUACAUAUUUCUUCAGCAGUCACACACUCUCUGCAAUACCUCUACACUGCAGUUACUCCAGAAAUAAAUUUUCCAGAAUUUACUGUUGUGGGUCUGGUGGAUGGAAGGGAGUUUGAGUACUACGACAGUGACAUCAAAAAGGCGAUCCCAAAGACAGAGUGGAUACAGAAUGUCACUAAUGAUCAUCCAGACUUCUGGAACAGACACACAGGGAUUUAUCAGCAUUUGGAGGAGACUUUAAGAAAAGGCCUGGGUAUAGUGAUGAAGAACUUUAAUCACACUGCAGGAGUUCACACACUGCAGCUGAUGUACGGCUGUGAGAUCGAUAAUGACGGCACCACAAGAGGACACAUGCAGUUAGGAUAUGAUGGACAAGAUUUCCUCAAUUUUGAUGUAAAUAAUAAAACCUGGAUUUCAGCCAAAUCUCAAAAUGAGAUCCGCAAACAGACUUGGGAUUAUAUUAAUGGUGUGACCACUGACGGCUGGAAGAACUAUGUGAGCAUUAACUGUAUCAACAGGAUAAACAAAUACGUGUCUUAUGGCAGAGAGACUCUAGAGAGAAAAGUUCGUCCCAAGGUGUCGGUGUUCCAUAAACACUCAUCUCCUUCUCCAGAGGUGGUGUGUCACGCUACAGGUUUCUUCCCCAAACCACUAAAUAUCACCUGGCAGAAGGACGGAGAGGACAUGCAUGAGGACGUGGAGCUCAGAGAGACGUUACCCAACCAGGAUGGAAGCCUCCAGAAGAGAAGCAUCCUGAAAGUCCCAGCUGAGGAGCUGCAGAAACACAACUACACCUGCGUGGUUCAGCACAGUAGCUUGGAGAAGGAGUUAGUGCGAGAAGUACCAAAAGGUGGAGGAUCAGAUGGACGCUUAGCUGGAGUAAGGAUUGCUAUCAUUGUUGUAGUUGUGGGUCUUGCUGUCGUGGGUCUCGCUGUGGGAAUUGUGAUCUGGAAGAUGAUAAACUUUGGCUUCAGACCUGUUGCGAGGGACCAGGUUGAACUGUAGACACUGGAGCAUCCAGCAAUCAGUCCUUCACAGGGCACACACACACAUCCACAUGAUAAAUAAAUUAAAUAAAUAUUUAUAUAAGUAUGUAUUUAUUUAUCUUAAAUAUUUUGCA